AUGCAGGAGAUGGGCGGCACCCAUCGAGGCUCUCAGCGGGUCUUCAGUGUUCUGGAUCGCCUGCUGCUCACACAUCCAGUGUGGCUGCAGCUGUCACUCAAACAAGACUCCGCCCUCUAUAUCCUGCUUAGGGAGCCUGUCGGGACCUUUUUGGUGCGUAAAUGCAGCUCCAGCCAGAGGAAAGUGCUGUGUUUGAGAGUGACUGCGGACAAAAGUGCCUCCUCUGUUAAGGAGUGCUUCAUCUGUGAGGAGGACUCCACAUUUGCCUUGGAGAACUCAGCGCUGACCUUCCCUGACCUUUGUCGACUGGUGGCCUUCUACUGUAUCAGCAGAGAUGUGUUGCCGUUCCCAAUGCAGCUACCGGAGGCCAUCGCUAGAGCCACGACACACAGGCAGCUGGAGGCCAUCUCACACAUGGGACAAGACUUCUGGAACUCACCGACAGCUGCAGAGAUCCAAAACGGACCAGUGGACCCGAUUCCAUCGACCAGCGGCAGCCAGGGUCAGACGUCUGUGGCCCAGGACCGACGUCUGAACCAGGGUCGACCAGGCAAACUCUGCUUCAUCAACCCGCUCUUCCUACAGCUGGAGGUCAGCAUGCAGCCACAACUCAUUAACCACAGUGCCUCCAAUAAACGGCACCGCUUCAAGCGCAGCAUGCGUCUCCGGCUCUCCGAGUCCUCCAUGAACCUGUCCCUGGAGGGGGUCGGCUCCUACUCACCUCCCUCCUCACUGGAGCUGCCCGGCGGGUCGGAGAGGCUGCAGAAGACCGGCGGUAACCCACAGAGAAGAGUUCACCCCGGGGCAGGGGUCCUGAGGAGAACCCCCGCUGUGUCACCGGGUUCUGCAGAGGAAGAGGACGUGAUGUCCGUCUAUGUGCCACAAACAUCUGCAAAUGCGGAGGAGCCUCCACAGGCCCGGCAGCCUAUCCGGGCAGAGGAGCAAGGCAUCGAGGUGGCGGUUCUGGAGCGCCGCCCGGCUCCAUCCCUGGCCGAGCUGGACAGCAGCAGCUCCUUCAGCAGCAUGGACGAGGACGACGACUCCGAUUCAGAUCCGGAGAGCGUGGCCCAGGCCCAGGCUCACUUCUACCAGCGUCCGCCUCUGGUGCGCUCUCGGGGCCGCGGCGGGCUGCACCGCAUGAGCGAAGCGUUCGUGUGUUUCUUCGCUCCGGACAAGCGGCUGACGCGACUGGUGGAGGAGCUGUCCAGAGACAGGCGCUCCAUCUUCGGGGGCAUGGUUCAGGACUUCCUCCUGGCACAGAGAGAGGUGCUGAAAUCCCUGGCUUCCUCCUCGUCCUCCUCUUCCUCAUCACGCGUGACCUCUGUGCAGCUCCUGCAGGGUCUGCGCCUCUUUCUGUCCCAGGCCAAGUGCUGCCUGCUGGACAGCGGAGAGCUGGAGCCUCCCAUUGAGACCCUGGUGCCAGAGAACGAGAAAGAUCUGGCUCUGGAGCGGGCCAUGUUCUCCUGCGUGCUCAGGCCCCUGAGGUCCCACCUGGAAAAGGCUCUGGUUGCGUGGCACAAUCAGGACGGCACCAGCCAGCGCCUCACCCAGAACAUGAUCCGUCUGAAGGGGGACGCCGCCAUGGAGCAGCUCGGCGUGCGGACCGGCGUCCCCGACAGCCGCGAGGUGGAGAGGGUGAAGCAGAAGCUGCUCCUGAUGCAGAGGACGCACUCCCCCAUCGACAAGGUGCUACUGCUGCUGCAGGUGUGCAAGUGUGUGCACAAGGCCAUGGGGUCCUUACAUGGGCAGGAAGUGAGCUGGGAAGACUUCCUGCCGUCGUUGUCCUACGUGAUUGUGGAGUGCAACAGGCCUCACAUCCUGAUAGAGGUGGAGUACAUGAUGGAGCUGCUGGAGCCCUCCUGGCUCGGCGGAGAGGGUGGGUACUACUUGACCAGUGUGUAUGCCAGCCUGUGUCUGAUCCAGAGCCUGGACAGGGAGCAGCCGCUCUCGGGCUGCCUGACCCCGGAGGCCCAGGAGGCGCUGAAGGAGUGGAGCUGCAGACGGAGCCGAGAGGCCCAGAGACAAAAGGAGAACCAGCAGAGUCAGAGGUGCGUUCGGAUACUGUUCCAGGACGGGGAGCGGAGCGCCGUGCGGACGUUGCAGUGGAGAGCCGGGGAGACGAGCCAGGCCCUGGCGCAGCUGUGUGCCGACACUUUCGGCGUGUCCGACCCGCAGCAAUACACCCUGUACUGGCGCAGCGGCGGCGAGAUGCGGGCCCUGCCGCCUCAGGCCCAGCCCCAGGACCUGGCGGGCCACAGCGAGGGGGGCCCCUCGCUCUCCUACCUGAGGACCGACCACGACUUCAGCAAGAUGCGGCGGCUCACCAGAGGUGGCGCCGUGGACCUGAGCGAGUCGGUGUGUGAGGAGUGA